AUGAUCUCAAAAUCAUUGCCCAAUCUGGACGCCGAGAACGACAACUUUUAUGGUUUCUCAAUGGACGACUCGGAGGAUGAAGUGGCUGGUAAACUGUUCAAGUUAGAUGUUGCGAGACUCCCUACUAUCGUCAAGGACGACGUGACAAUACGGAGGAAACUAGGCAAAGCGAAACAACAUCUAACUCACGAACGUGGUGUGAUAUACAUGGGCUCCCUACCACAUAGUUUCUACGAAGAUCAACUCAAGGCCUAUCUAUCUCAAUUCGGGGAUUGUAUAUUACUACUGUCGGCGGACAAGACUGCCAGGUCGAAACACUACGGCUUUAUCGAGUUCGACUCGGCGUCCGUCACGCAAAUCAUCGCGAACACGAUGGAUAACUACCUGUUGAUGGGGCAUCUACAUACUUAA